UCUCUCUCUCUCUCUCUGUGCUCUCCCUCUCUCGUAUUACUAUUAUCUACUAUGUCGAGUGGAAAACUCUCAGAUGCAUUCAAAUCCCACCCUAUCUUCCUCCACAAGCAACACCCAGACGACUUCAGCUCAUUACAGGAAUUGCCAGAGUCGUAUGCAUGGACGUCACAGCUUAACGAAUAUCCGUCUUUCGAAUCAUUAUCUUGCUCAGAGUCUGUGCCGGUAAUCGAUCUCGCCGACCCAAAUGUCGUUGAACUCGUAGGACAUGCAUGCAAGACUUGGGGCAUGUUCCAAGCCACAAACCAUGGCGUCCCCCAAAAACUUGUUGAUGACAUGGAAUCUACUGUUCGAAGCCUUUUCUCUCUGCCACCCCAACAAAAGCUCAAAGCAGCUCGAUUGCCCGAUGGCAUUUCCGGUUACGGUUUCCAUCGCAUAUCUGCCUUUUGUGAAAAGCUAAUGUGGUCUGAGAGCUUCACUAUCGUUGGCUCAGCACUUCAACAUUUUUGCCAACUUUGGCCCCAAGAUCACACCAAGUUCUGUUGUGUUACUGAAGAAUAUGAGAAAGAGAUGAAAAGGCUUGCAGCUAGGUUGAUGUGGCUAAUGCUUGGCUCAUUAGACAUAUCCAAGGAAGACAUCAAAUGGGCGGGUCCAAGAGGUGAAUUUGAAGAUGCAUCUGCAGCCUUACAAUUGAACUCAUACCCCGCUUGUCCGGAUCCAGAUCGGACCAUGGGUCUUGCCCAACAUACUGAUUCAAACCUCCUGUCAAUUAUCCACCAAAGCGCUAAGGCCAGUGGCUUGCAAGUUUUCCAAGAAGGGAAGGACGAGGGCCGGGGGUGGCUUAUGGUUCCACCGGUCCCGGGGGCUUUUGUGAUCAAUGUGGGUGACUUCAUUCACAUAUUAUCAAACGGAUUGUACCAGACCCCCCUUCACCGGGCAGUGGUGAACCGGAGCCAGCACCGUGUAUCAGUUGCUUACUUAUAUGGUCCUCCGGAGAAUGCUCAGGUCUCUCCCCUCUCGAAAUUACUCGGCCCAAGUUGCCCUCCGCUGUACGCGCCCGUCACUUGGAAUGAGUACCUUGGAACCAAGGCAAAGCUUAACAACAAGGCACUUCAAUCACUCCGACUGAAUGCUCCUCUGAAUUAGUUGCUGAGUGUACUCAUAUAACUAUGCUGCGUCUUCCUUUGCUUUCUUCUUCCCCGUAACAAAAUAAUAAAACUUUAAUUUCUGCUACAUAAGAAA